GCAUGGGGAGAUGGGGUUUGGUGUAAACUGCAGUUCCUGCAGGGAACACGGGGCACCACGUGCUCACUUGCUUUGCUUGUGCUGGGCCCAGGCCUGCAGACUUCCUGGGAGACGGGCCCAUCUCCUUGCCAGGCCCCUUGCAUCAGCCCUUCGCUGCUCCCACUAAUCCCAGCGCCUUGUGCUCCUGCAGCUGGAUUUCUCCAUGCGGCAGGUCCUGGUGCUGGGCCUGGAUGGGGCUGGCAAGAGCAGCGUUCUCCACUACAUGGCCAGCGAGGCCGCCAAGGACCGCACAGCACCCACCGAGGGCUUCAACUCCGUCCAGCUGGACGCAGGCGGCUUCCAGAUCGACCUGCUGGAGCUCGGCGGCAGCCAGAACCUGCGAUUUUACUGGAACCAGUACCUGAGCCAGGCCCACGUGCUGGUGUUUGUAGUGGACUCUGCGGAUGGGCCACGCCUCCCCACCGCUCGCCAGGAGCUGCACUGCCUGCUGGCUGAGGAUCAGCGCUUGCCCUUGGUCGUCCUGGCCAAUAAACAGGACAAGAGCGACGCGCUGAGCGUGGCCGAGCUGCACCAGGAGCUGGCCCUGCACACGCUGAACGGUCAGAGGGAGUUCUUCCUGCUGCCCACGAGCGCCACCCACGCUGCGCUGGCCACCGCCACCGGGAUCUGGCGCGUCAAGUCUCUGCUGGUGGAACUGCUCUCCCAGCUCUGACGUGCUCGUCGCGCCCGAGACGGGCCGGCUGGACGGACCCUGCUGCACUCGUGUUUGCCUGGCCCAGAGGCGCUGGGCUGCAGACGGCUGGCUUUCUGCUGUCGGGCCAGAGCUGCUCUGCCUCCAUCCCCUAUCGGGAGAUGCUGUGAAGUGGCACCCCCUUGGGCUCAGGCAGGCUGCCCUCAGCACCCAGAGGGCUGGCCCAGCCACGGACCUCAGGGAGAUGGAAGAACAGCAGGGGCAGGUGGGCAGCACCCAGCAUGGGGCACGGGAUGCACCAGGCCCUACAGCGCCCCAGCCCAAACAGGCAGCUGCGCCGGUGGCUGGUGGCCUCUUGUGACACUGGGCUGGCCCCGUGGCCUGCAGACAGGCCACUCUCUGCAUCUGGCACAGGGAGGGCAGGAGAUGGAGCCAUAGGGACAUCUGCAGUGAGGCUCUAGGCAGGAAUGGUCUGUCCUUGGCGUGAAGGGCUCCUUCCCUGGGGUUAAUGGGCUGCUGCCUGCUUGCCGGUGCAGACACGACCGGCCGCCCUUUGCAGGGCUGCUGGGAACUGGAGUCAGGCGCUUUCAGUACCGACAAGGAGGCCGGCGGCA